AUGGACUCUAUCUGGUUCCAAGUUGAUGAUACCGAAUCUGAAACAGAUGAGUCUGGCCAUUAUAUGGGUGUAUUCAAUCAGAGACCUGAGCAAAUAGCAGCUUGGCUUCCUCGUCCGCAAACACCUUUCAAUUUUUCAUCAACAAAUUACAAAUCCAUAAAUAGAAACAAGGAUGAGAUGUUUUGCCAUCACAUCCAGAGAGCAGAUUCCGAGCCUGAAGUUAUUAGCUUUAAGGCUUUUAUUGAAGAACGCGAUUCAAUUUCAGUUUUUUGA